CCGAGGGGGCGUGCCGAGCAGCUGCUCUUGUCCUCGGAUCUGUGUCACCUUCAUUGAUACCUGUCCCACUUGCACCUCUCGGCGAUGACAGUAAAGCCAAAGAACAGUGCAGUCUAAGAUGAGUCAGUUUCGGGUAUUAGCUGGUGUGCUGAAAGGCGGAGGGAGCCCCUUGCUUCGAUGGCGUGCGGGAGGGCUGACCUGGCGCUGCUGGGCUCAUCCAAAGAGAGUCUGCUCCUCUAGGACUGAUCCUCUUCCAGCAGUGGUCAGCAACUCCAGCUAUGUGGAGGAGAUGUAUUUGGCAUGGCUGGAUGACCAUAAAAACGUCCACGAGUCUUGGGACAGUUUCUUCCGUAACAUCCAGGCCUCCGGUCCAUCUGGCGAGGCGGAUGAGAGACGGCCCUCUGCUCUGCUGCAGGGCCGAGUGUUGUCCCACUCACUAGGCGUGGCAGAGAAAGUGGUGGAGGACCACCUGGCUGUGCACACCCUCAUUAGAGCUUACCAGAUCCGUGGUCACCAUGUUGCUCAGUUAGACCCUUUAGGAAUCCUGGACGCUGACCUCGACUCUUUCGUUCCGUCCGACCUGAUCACCACUAUCGAUAAAUUAGGUUUAUAUGGUCUUGAUGAGUCUGACUUGGAUAGAAGCUUCCAGCUGCCCCACACCACCUUCAUCGGUGGACAAGAGACUACCCUUCCACUUAGAGAAAUCAUACGCAGACUAGAGGCAUCCUACUGCGGUCACAUAGGGGUUGAAUUUAUGUUCAUUAAUAAUGUGAACCAGUGUCAGUGGAUUCGUCAGAAGUUCGAGACUCCGGGAAUCAUGCAGUUCACUAAUGCUGAGAAGAGAACCCUGCUAGCGCGCCUGAUCAGAUCCACACGAUUUGAGGACUUCCUGGCGAGAAAGUGGUCAUCGGAGAAACGUUUUGGUCUGGAAGGCUGCGAAGUUCUCAUUCCUGCUCUUAAAACCAUCAUUGACAAGUCAAGCGCAGCAGGGAUCGACAGCGUGAUCAUGGGGAUGCCACAUCGGGGUCGACUGAACGUCUUGGCUAAUGUGAUCCGUAAGGACCUGGAUCAGAUCUUUUGUCAGUUUGACCCCAAAUUAGAGGCUGCUGAUGAGGGUUCGGGUGAUGUCAAAUACCACCUGGGGAUGUACCACGAGAGGAUUAACCGUGAGACUGACAAGAACAUCACGCUGUCACUCGUGGCAAACCCCUCGCACCUCGAGGCAGUGGAUCCAGUGGUUCAGGGAAAGACCAAAGCAGAGCAGUUCUACAGAGGAGACACUCAAGGAAAGAAGGUGAUGUCUAUUUUGAUGCACGGCGAUGCUGCUUUUGCGGGACAAGGAGUUGUUUAUGAGACCUUCCACUUGAGUGAACUCCCCUCUUAUACCACAAAUGGUACAAUCCAUGUGGUGGUCAACAACCAGAUUGGCUUCACUACAGAUCCUCGAGUGGCCCGCUCAUCUCCUUACCCCACUGACGUGGCUCGGGUUGUCAAUGCGCCCAUCUUCCAUGUGAAUGCGGACGAUCCCGAGGCUGUCAUGUAUGUGUGCCGCGUAGCUGCAGAUUGGAGGGCCACAUUCAACAAGGAUGUCGUCAUUGACCUGGUUUGUUACAGACGUUUUGGCCAUAAUGAAAUGGAUGAGCCCAUGUUCACCCAGCCACUGAUGUACAAACAGAUCCAUCGGCAGGAGCAUGUGCUGAAAAAGUACUCUGAGAAACUCAUUGCCGAGGGAGUGGUGACACUGCAGGAAUUUGAGGAAGAAGUUGCAAAAUAUGACAAAAUAUGUGAGGAGGCAUACACCAGCUCUAAAGAUGAAAAGAUCUUACACAUUCGGCACUGGCUCGACUCCCCUUGGCCAGAUUUUUUCACAGCGCAGGGAGAGCCCAAGAGCAUGAGCUGCCUCCCUACAGGACUGGACGAGGAGGUUCUGCAGCACAUUGGGCAGAUAGCCAGCUCAGUGCCUCUGGAAGAUUUUAAGAUCCACCCUGGUGUGUCCCGUAUCCUGCGUGGUCGAGCUGACCUAGUGAAGAGUCGUCAGAUGGACUGGGCUCUAGGAGAGUACAUAGCCUUUGGCUCCCUUCUGAAAGAUGGCAUACAUGUACGACUGAGCGGGCAAGAUGUUGAACGAGGAACCUUUAGUCACCGUCAUCAUGUUCUACAUGACCAAGAGGUUGACAAACGUAUCUGUGUUCCCAUGAACCACCUGUGGGAGAACCAGGCAUCUUACACUGUCUGCAACAGCUCCUUAUCAGAGUAUGGAGUUCUAGGUUUUGAGCUUGGCUUUGCCAUGGCUAACCCAAAUGCUUUGAUCCUCUGGGAGGCCCAGUUUGGAGACUUUCACAAUACAGCCCAGUGUAUCAUUGACCAGUUUAUUAGCUCAGGACAGGCCAAGUGGGUUCGCAAUAAUGGCAUUGUCCUACUGCUGCCACAUGGAAUGGAAGGAAUGGGUCCAGAGCAUUCAUCAGCUCGGCCUGAACGCUUCCUGCAAAUGACCAAAGAUGAUCCAGAUCACAUCCCUGAAUUCACUGGAGACUUUGAAGUCCAGCAGCUGUAUGACUGUAACUGGAUUGUGGUCAACUGCUCCACUCCUGCUAACUACUGUCACGUGCUCAGGCGACAGAUUUUGCUGCCAUUCAGAAAACCGCUGAUCAUUUUCACUCCUAAAUCUCUGCUGAGGCAUCCGGACGCAAGGUCAGGUUUUGAUGACCUUGCCAAAGGCACUAAAUUUAAGAGACUGAUUCCUGAUGAGGGCCCUGCAAGUCAAAGCCCAGGCCAAGUGAAGAGGGUUAUCUUCUGCGCAGGCAAAGUCUACUAUGAACUAGCUAAGGAGAGGAAGCAGCAAAAUUUGGACAGAGAUGUUGCCAUAAUCAGGCUUGAACAGAUCUCUCCUUUCCCGUUUGACCUGGUCACUGAAGAGGUGGAGAAAUACACCAACGCUGAGCUCGUCUGGUGUCAGGAGGAGCACAAGAACAUGGGUUACUAUGAUUAUGUCCGACCACGCUUCCUCACAGUGGUUGACAACAAGAAACCCAUUUGGUAUGUGGGACGAGAUCCUGCGGCUGCACCGGCGACAGGAAACAAAUCUACUCACCUCAAUGAGCUGAGGAAGUUUAUGGACACUGCUUUCAACAUGAGCUCCUUCCAAGACUGAAACUUGUAAAGGAGAAGGUCAUUUCAUCUCCUAACCCAUUGUUUUGAUGUGGCUUAGUCUUUGGUUUUUAAUGACCCUCUACCAUCUCUCAAGUACUACAUAAUUGUUUAAGAAUAAAAAGUUCCUUAUGAACAUUAAGCAUAAGCACUGAGCCACAGAAUGGCCAAUCCUGCAUCUUCUGUUGUGUGGUAGAGUGUAGUACACCAGUAUUGUUCACACAAACACGCAGAACUGUGACAAUCAUUAUUGGAGUGCUUUCACUACUUCAAAUAUUCUUUUGCUGUUAUGCUGAAUACUACUAAAUAAAUAUUUUGAUAUUUAUUUUGAGCUAUGAAACACACCCAAAACACCCCAGAGGUGCACUUUAGCAAUAACUAUGAAUCACAUGUCACAGGUAUGAAAACUGUGCUGAAACUUAACACAUCAGUAGAUUUUAUAGCCUCUUAUUGUUUGGCUACCUUAGCUGUUAGUGAAGGAGUGUGUAUUUAUUGUCACACAUCACUUCACCAGGAGACAUGAGCCAGCUGGCACAGAGACUUGCAGCCAUGUUUUCUACUUAGGACAUAAGGCUCAGCUUUUUCUUCUGAAGCGCUGGGACACGCACACACAUAAACAAAGAACAGCCUUGGAUGCUCAGAGAGCAAUAUUGACGCUUGGUUGUCACAUUAAAAUCCCCAGAUAUCAAACACAAAUGAUAUUAGAAAAGCUCCUUAAAAUUAUGCUUCUUGUCUAGCUGCGCUGUAGUUUACCUUUCCAACGUAGAGCUGGGAGAUUUAACCAGUAAUGCAGAAACAUAGUUUUGCAUAUUUAGUGAUUUAAAAGAGGUUUAUACAUGGCUGUUUAGUAAUUAGGGAAAAAGCCACAUAUUCAUGUGGGAGCUGAAAUAUGUGCUCAACAUGAUAUAACUGCACCUACAGGGAAUAAUUUAAAUAUGCAAUAAAUAUGUGUUAAUAAAUGAAUGACCUUGCAUACAUACAACAGUUUGAACUGAUGAGUAAAGUUACAGGUCAUCUGUUAAUCUAUGAUGGGUUGAAAUAGGAUUUUGCUCAUUGACACAAAUGAUUUAAUGAUCCUGGAGCUAUUUUGUAAUUGUUUCCAGAUUUUGUGUGUCCUUAAUUUUCUAUUAAUUCCAUAAAUGUGACUUUAAAAAUA